GCUGGUCCUGGGAGAGGCCUGCAGAGCUCCCAGGCCACAGGCAGCCAGGGCCAGUGAGAUGCAGUCCCAGCAACAGGAAGGCACUGGCGUGGGCAGGAGGAGCUCCUCCUUGGCAUCUGGCUCUUCCUUUCCUCCUGGGUGCCGCACAGGUGCCCCUCCCCCAGGGCCUCUCCCACGGGCCCUCUGGGUGUUGAAGGCCCUCUGAGCCUCACUGCCUCCUGGCCCCACCCCAUCAGGCACUCUUUGGCUGCAGAACACUCUGGGGGAGGCAGGGAAGGCAGCCCAUGUGGAGGCGGGACUGCCCUCUGGCCUGGGAGGGUAGAAGAAGCCAGCUGCUGGCAGCAUAUGGGGCUGUGGUCAGGGUGUGCCCCUGAGGACUGCUCACCAGGGCUCUCUGGCUGUGGAAAGAUCGUUUUAAAGCUUCUUGAUUACUCUGUCCCACGUGCCUACAGUCCCUACUGUGGCGUCUGGCCUGGACGGGGGCUACUGCGUGUGUGGCCCAGUCCCUCUGUUCUGCUGGGCUAGCACAAUGGGAGGCCCCUCUCUGUCCCCACCCAUCUUUGCCGCCCCCCCUGGGUGUGUGUGACAGGGACCGCGCAUGUGCAGGUCACACUGGGCAGUGGAUGGUUUUCUUUGGGGUCAGUGCUGGGAGUGGGACCCAGGAGCUGGGAUCCUUGGCCAGAUGCUGGCCUUCCUUUCUGGCCCUGGCCCUCCCCGCUUCUGUCUGGAGCUCUCAGCUGGCCAGGCCAGGAGGCAGAGGUCCUGUGAGUGGUGGAGGCCAACGGAAUGGGAGGUUGUCAGGCUGAUGGCCCCCGAGUGCCUGCCCGCAACUCCUAGGUGCUUUGUGGAAGAGGCUGCUAUGCCCUGCCGCCAGCCGCACCAUCGCCUUGUCCGCUGCUGAGCUCCUGCUGCCUUUCAAGGCCUUCUGGCUACCUCCUCAGUCUCCCAUGGUCCUGCAGGCUCCCUGGCCGUUUCUGAGUCCCCGUAAACGUUUGUUCCUCUUGAGACAUGGUGUGGUGGAUAAAAAGUAGGGCUCUGGGGUCUCCUCGCUGGGCCCAAAUCCUGAUGGCACCAGCGGGUGCGUUACCGCUCCGUGCCUCAGUUUCCUCAUCUGCAGAAGGAGAAUGGCAAGCCCCUGAGGCCAGUGCAGCCAGGACUCAGGUGCAGCGCGGGCGCCCUCGGGGCUCACGGGCACUCUCAGUUCCAUGUCCUCUGGCUCCAUGUCCGCUGAUGUGGUUGCUGUUGGAAAGCAAUGGUGCAUCUGCAGACGCAGCAGGAGGUGAAGCUGCGCAUGACGGGCAUGGCACUGCGGGUGGUGCGCACUGACGGCAUCCUGGCGCUCUACAGCGGCCUGAGCGCCUCACUGUGCAGACAGAUGACCUACUCCCUGACUCGGUUCGCCAUCUACGAGACUGUGCGGGACCGCGUGGCCAAGGGCAGCCAGGGGCCCCUCCCCUUCCACCAGAAGGUGUUGCUGGGCUCCAUCAGCGGUUUAGCUGGAGGCUUCGUGGGGACGCCCGCGGACUUGGUCAACGUCAGGAUGCAGAAUGACGUGAAGCUGCCCCAGGGUCAGCGGCGCAACUACGCCCAUGCGCUGGAUGGCCUAUACCGCGUGGCUCGUGAAGAGGGUUUGAGGAGACUGUUCUCAGGUGCGACCAUGGCGUCCAGCCGAGGGGCCUUAGUCACCGUGGGCCAGCUGUCCUGCUACGACCAGGCCAAGCAGCUGGUCCUUAGCACCGGGUACCUGUCUGACAACAUCUUUACUCACUUUGUUGCCAGCUUUAUUGCGGGUGGAUGUGCCACGUUCCUGUGUCAGCCCCUGGAUGUGCUGAAGACCCGUCUGAUGAACUCCAAGGGGGAGUAUCAGGGCGUUUUCCACUGCGCCGUGGAGACAGCGAAGCUCGGGCCUCUGGCCUUUUACAAGGGCCUCGUCCCAGCUGGCAUCCGCCUCAUCCCCCACACCGUGCUCACUUUUGUGUUUCUGGAACAGCUACGCAAAAACUUUGGCAUCAAAGUGCCAUCCUGACCGGCCGUGGGAAUGGCUGGGCCGCCAGGCCAGCUGCGCUAAGUUCUUCCAAAGAGUCCCAAGCCCAGCACCUGCUUCUGGGGCCGCAACCUCGCCGGCCAUGGCCACCCGUCCUCCCCAGCAGGCCCCUGCUGUCCCCCCACCUGCUGGCUGAGCUCCUCCUGGCCUCGUCCCCUCUCAGCUGUAGCUGCACCCCCACCCCUGCUCUGGCUCCCAGGCUCUCCCGGCUGGGCGCUGCGUGGCCUUGCCCCUCCCGCUGGCAGCUCCUCAGGGGAACAGGGGCUACCAGAGGCUCAUUUCUCCCCUCUCCUGGGCCGGGGGAGGGUAUUAUCCCUGCCUCCUGCCUCUGAGGCCCAAAGCAGCAUCUUCCAGCACUUUCCAUCGAGGACUCGGGUGGCAGAGUGUGGGUGCAGCCUGGCUGUUGCUCACCCAAGUGCUAGCUGUGCACUUUGUAUCCGCUGAGAGCGACCAGACCUUCCGUGUCCUCGGGCAGCUGCACCUCCCCCCAAGACCACACGGCUGGGUGGGAGGAACAGACAACGCAGACCACGAGCGAGUGCCUGGGAGGGAGGGGCCCAGAGAGGUUCUGGAGCCAUCAUGGGUGAGGGUGAAGGGCCACCAAGGUCCCACGCACCCCCAUCCACCCCACAGUGGCUUUAACAGUUUUGCCAAAGCCUCUCCACUCACCAGCAGGCGGUCUCGUCUUCAGGGAUUGUGCCAGCGUCCCUCGGGUCCCUGGGUCCUCCCGCUUCGCUCCCUGGGGGAAUGGCCCAGGGGAGCUGCAGUUCCUCCUCAGGGUCUUCUCCCGACAAGGAGUCCCCCCGGGUGGCUGCUGCGCUCUCUGCUUCCCUAGUCGCUGGGCUUCGCCCCACCUGGGAAGGGCAGUGUGCUCUGUGGGGGGCUGCAGUCAAUAAAUGCCGGGAGCUGCCGCGUCUGUUCCUGCCUGCACCGCC